UGGAAUGGAUGGGAGACAAUCGCGCAAUAUUCUAGUUUGUUCUGCGAUGUGCUGGAAGAGGAUGUGAACAAACUCCCGGGCUCUACGAGGAUUGGUUUGUUGUUACUGUAACAUCGCCUCAAAAUUAUUCGAAAGUUUGAAUUUGCCAGCGUAGCAGCGGAUCAAACAUUUGAAUCGGCCGAAAUCGAGGAUCGGCAUCAGCAUCGGAAAGGUAGCGAAGAAAAUGAGAGAAGAUUUCCGAAGAAUUUCAGCGAUCGCUGUCCGCGAGGUGGUCGGAGGAUGAGCAUGUCGCAGAAAGAUUAGAGUGAAUGUUCAUCGAUUGUCUGAAGUGGCCUUGGCUAGGAAGGGCCCCGUGAAACUACUGAUUUCUUUCAUCUGGUGCGCUAAUGGCGGGGAAAUCGGUACCUUUCGGAAAUGAGCCGGUAGAAGGUGUAGUAACGAUCUUGAAAAAGAAGCGAGACUACAAAGUUUGCAAUCGUAUGGCAGAAGGCAAACGACCACUAUAUGCCAUCACCUUCAAUUUUCUGGACUCGCGUUUCUUCAGCUUGUUUGCCACUGCUGGCGGCAAUCGGGUGACUGUGUACGAUUGCCUAGAAGGAGGGGCGAUUGGGAUCCUUCAGGCUUAUGUCGACGAAGAUAAAGACGAAUCAUUCUACACUGUCUGCUGGGCAUCUGACAACGCAGGGACUCCUUUGUUGGUCGCUAGUGGGAGCAAUGGCGUCAUUAGAAUUAUUGACUGUAGCACAGAGAAUCUAUUGAGGAGUCUUUUGGGGCAUGGCGAUUCUGUGAAUGAACUUCGAACACAGUCCAUGAAGCCUAGCCUUGUAGUAUCGGCAAGCAAGGAUGAAUCAUUACGACUCUGGAAUGUUACCACCAAUGUGUGUAUCCUCAUACUGGCUGGUGCCGGAGGUCAUCGUAACGAGGUCCUCAGUGUGGAUUUUCAUCCAUCUGAUGUGAAUCAAAUCGCGAGCUGCGGGAUGGACAAUACCAUCAAAAUUUGGAACAUUAAAGAUUUUUGGGUGUAUGUUGAGAAGUCAUUCUCGUGGACCGACUCACCAUCAACGUUUCCCACUAAAUAUGUGCAAUUUCCUGUCUUCAAUGCUUUGGUUCACUCUAACUAUGUGGACUGCACCCGCUGGCUGGGGGAUUUCAUCCUUUCGAAGAGUGUUGACAAUGAGAUCGUUUUGUGGGAGCCUAUGUUCAAAGAACACGGAACAGAGGGAGUCGUGGACAUACUUCAAAAGUAUCCUGUUCCCGAAUGCGACAUCUGGUUUAUCAAGUUCUCCUGCGAUUUUUCUUUCAACACCCUCGCCAUAGGUAAUCGAGAGGGCAAAAUAUAUGUUUGGGAGCCACAAGCAAGUCCCCCAAAUCUGCUCGCGAAGUUGUGUGCCAGUGGUUGCAAGUCCCCAAUUCGACAGACCGCUACAUCAUAUGAUGGAAGUAUCAUCUUGUGCUGCUGUGAGGACGGUACAAUAUGGAGGUGGGAUGCUGUUGCACCUAUAGGUCCAACCAACCUGCAUUAGCGAAGAUACUACACAAAGAUCGUGUGAUUGCUGUUGAUCAGACUGGCAUUAGAUUCUGCACUAGGAAGGCGAAAGCAACCAAAGUGUACCAGUAAAUAUACAUGGACAUGCUUGAAAUUGGAGAUGGAUGGAACUGUCGAUGAGCUCGAAUAUCAGAGUAAAGGCAGUUAGUAUCAUAAGCCUUUUGAGUUUUCAUUACAAUUGGCAACUUGUUUGCAGCGUGACUUGGCAGAAGCUAUCCAAAGCAUAGUCUCAAUAUUUUAGCCUCAUUUCGCCACUAUAGCUAUUAUCAGUUUCCUAUACAUUCAGGACUUCCCAUGGCUCCCUUGUCUUCCGGGUUGAACUAUGUUUGGACUCUUUCGGCAUCUCCUGUGUCUCUAAAGGGGUUUCGUGUUACAGAUACAGUGUUUCUGUACUAGUAGGAUAGACUUAGGAUUUUUUGAAAGACGGCUUUAGUUUUGACACAAUUUCCGAGCAGAAUAUGACUGAAGGUUACCCAGAGAAAUAAGAUUUUGUACCUUAUUUCUCGGCCAAUUGUAAAAUUGCAGAAAGUGAUCUUUGCGAGUCCAAGUGGAAACAAAAAAGAUGGGAAGACACAUUAAGAUGUACAAGAGUGAUUAUUUGAACCUAGCCCCUAGUAUCUCCCUUCGGGGCAGGGCUCGAAGGGAGCAGGGUUCGAAUAACUAGGGGCAGGGUUCGAAUUGUUUAUAAACAAAACUCCAUGACAUUUAUUAUAGAAUUACUGCUAUCAAAUAAUCUAGUGGGAUUAGCUUUGUAUAAAACUUAUUUGUGUUCAUUGUAGAGUAUUAUGUUACCACAAUUAGAGAGGUUAACGAAUGGAAUUAUCAUCAUAACUCACUUCAUUUCCAAGGGUCUAAGUACAAUUCAUAUAGUGAACAAACUGCACUGCGUAUAGCAUCACUCUCGAUUUUUUUACAUUUCUGCACAUUGGUGUUGUGAAAUUUAGCCAUAUCUCUUGCAAACUUUUUUCUGUUCAAUGGUUUGCAUCAAAAGCCAAUUUCCGUUUCAUGAGUAAACACCA